UGUGAGUGUGUAUAUGUGUGUGUUGACGCGUGUGUGCUCGAGAAAGAGAGUUUUCGGAGCAUCUAGUCCCCGGACGGAGAGGCUGGGCUGCUGAGCGCUUUCCCUGAGAGCCGGGUGGAGGACGCAGCAGCCGCCACUGACCCUCGGCUCUCCCCACCUGUGAGCUAGGAAGAUUCCGGGAGUGUGGACUGGAGGGAGCGCACAGCCCAUCACCUCCCCAGCAGCCUCCUGUAAGCCCUUCUGCGUCCCAGGGAGCUCGUAGAAGCCAUGGAACAUCCCCACAAAGACGGGGAGACCACGGCGGCGGCCGCGGCAGCCGCAACGGCUGCAGCCGCGGACCCUCGGGGAGCAUCCUCGUCCAGCGGGGUAGUGGUGCAGGUGCGGGAGAAGAAAGGCCCCCUGCGUGCAGCGAUCCCCUACAUGCCAUUCCCCGUGGCAGUCAUCUGCUUGUUCCUCAACACUUUCGUGCCGGGACUGGGUACCUUUGUCUCUGCCUUCACUGUGCUAUGUGGAGCCCGGACUGACCUCCCUGACAGGCACAUGUGCUGUGUCUUCUGGUUGAAUAUUGCCGCAGCACUCAUUCAGAUCCUGACAGCCAUUGUGAUGGUGGGCUGGAUCAUGAGUAUAUUCUGGGGAAUGGAUAUGGUCAUUCUAGCCAUUUCCCAAGGCUACAAGGAGCAGGGCAUCCCACAGCAGCUGUGAGUCUCAGAGCCACCAGCAGGGAGUCCAGAAGAGACUGUGUUAAGCAUCUUUGGGCCAAAGACCUUGGUGUUUUCUCUUCUGGCUUUUCAUGGGUUUGGUGUGGGGUUUAUUUUUUUUUUCUUUUGGUGAGGGUUUGGGAGGGAUUUUUUUAAAAAUUUAUUUAUUUUGAAAAACACAUCUGUUUUUCUCAGCAGGCACUGGGGGCUGCUUCUCUCUUGCUGAAUCUUGAGAGAGCUGAAGCCAAAAGGCAUUGUAGGAAAGGAUGAGGGACUCAGAGGUGAAGAAGGGGGCUCUGAAAGAAUACCCCAGAAGGCGCCCUGGGCUUUGGUAAAAGACCUAGGCUCUGUGGAGUUUUGGGGCCAGUAACUAACAUUGGGGGUGGGGGGAAAGGGCAUUUCCCUUCCCUGUUGAUGGUAAUGGGGCACCAGAGCUGCAGGGACAGGUCAAGAAACAGACACAUACAUUGUAAGCCUGAGUUAGGGAGUCUUUAUCCUGGCCUCCCAGAGAACCCCAACGUGUACAUAGACUCAAAGUCCUUUGAUGGUGGGCCUUGGCUUUUAUUAGCUGGGAGCACCAGAGCUGGGAAAGGUCUGUGUCUUACUACAGAGUCCCACUAGUAGGUCACCCUCACCGUUGUCAACAGCCAGCCGCAGGUGAGCCUCAGAACAUAGUUUAAUAUUGAAAGAAUGGCUGGCAGUGUAUUGUUUUUGGAGUUUUGACUCUUCUCAGUCAGACACAACUGAAAAACAACUGAACAGCUCAGAGUCCCCUCUGCCCUUCAUUGUACUCUCAGGCCUCCCAGCUGCACUACAUAAGUGAUAUCGGCAUAAGAAGUGUACAGAAUUGUGAUUUCAGCUUUGCCAGGAAGAAUAUAGUACCUACCUUCCUUUUCCAUGGCAGUGAGUUUUAGGCUCCCUCUAGUGUUAUCACUGGCACAUCCUAAUCCAAUUAGGCCAGGAGCCCACGACCGGUUCCCCGAUGGCCCUUUCCACUCUGUACUUCACACAGAAGCUCACUCACGUUGCAGGACAGAAUGUUUGGAGAACCAAGAGUUGCUUCCUCAGUACUUUAGGCUUAAAAAGUUCUACAUCCUCAGCCUUAAUGGCAGCAAAUGAGAAAUUAAGGAUACCAGUUGGAUGUCAUUCCAUUUGGCCUUUGACCAAGACCCAGACCUUGGGGUAGUAUGAAGGGAGAAGGGCAUACUGAAGUGGGGGCAUUCUAGUCCAUCUACCCUGUCCACUAGGCCAAUUCCAUUCUCACUAUGGAAGGUAGAAUUUGGGCUUUGCCAGGCCAGGUGUCUUGGCCCCGUUAGAUAGAACAAUGCAGUGCCAUCAUCACCAUCACUUGGGCCUUCAUGCCCUGAAUUGUCAGUGUAUUUAAAUUUUUUUUUUCAUUUUUCAUUCUCAAAGACAGACCCUGAGAUCUCUC